GUAGAUAUUCCUGGACUAGCACUGCCCACAUUGACCAGGAAAAGGUCAUUCGGUAUAGACACUUGUGCUGGCCCCUGAGUACUGUGGUCAAAAUCCCAAGAUUCCCCUGUGGACUGGAAUGUGAGCAGGCAGGGGUCACACAGCACAGCAACCACGGCCAUUCACAGUGAACCAAGUAGUCCUUGCACCGGGUGUGUGGUCCAUGAGGGGCACAGAUCCUGGGGUUUGGGGUCAGGCAGGGAGAGGAGUGCAAGUGCAUCCCAGGUCAGUGCAGGUGCUGCGUGCUGUGUUGGGGUCUGCAUGCAGGAGGGGAAACUUGAAACAGAGCAGGGGCGGGAGCACUGACUGAGGUGACUGGGAGGAGGUGAGUGGGGGGGUGAGCAGAGGGAGGUGUGGAGAGCAGUUCUGAGGAGGAGAGGACGACUGUGUGACCUCAGACAGCCACAGUGGGGUGGGGGCAGGGCCAGACGUGGGGGCAGUCCAGAAAGCAGACCCAGCUGAGUGAGUGGAUCUGGGACACAGAGAGUUUGGAGGGGGCAGCGGUGACUAUAGAGACUGCCAGGGGUUUGCACUGCUGUCUGUUCUUCAGUGGUGGGAAUAUUGGUAAUUGUGUGUCAAGGACGCUUUCCUGUAGUAACUGUAUAAAAUAGCCGGGAAACCUCAGUGGCACAUGGCAAAAGAUAUUUAUUCAGUAUGGGCAUUGAGUGAUUUAAACUGAUCUGGGUUGGAUUUGGCUAGUAUCAGGUGGGUUUCCUCACACACUGCUGGUCUGGUUGGGGAAGUGAAAUCAAAAGCAAGGUUCUUUCCCAGCAAUCUUUGCAAAGGGACUGAAGAAAGACAACACUUGAUUGGUCAACAAAAAACAAAGCAGAACACAUUACACAUCACAAGAAAUCCAUUAAGGGAUUGCAAAGACAGCAAGAAAUCUUUGUGUGUGUGUGUGUAGCCAAGCAGAUAUAAUAUGCAUUGCACAAAUUUUAAAAAGUCUUAUUUAGCUUUAUGCAGCUGGGUGUUUGCUUCACACCAUGGCACCAAGGGCAGAGUGGGCAUGGGAGGGAAGAGAAUGGAGAGCCCUGAGUUCCACCUGUGCACCAUCCUGGGGCCAACACCAUCACGGCCUGUGACCUUAGUCUCCUUCUACUCAGCGGCUUCAUUUGAGGCCUCGAUGGCCCUGGGCUUCAGUCUGGCAGUGUGUGGGGCCAGCUGUCACUCUCUGAGUCCUGGCCUGGGCAGCCUUCUCCAAGGAUGGGGCCUUGAUGGGUGGGGGCGGGGCCUCACGUGGAGCAGGGCAUGCAGAGCACCUCAGGGUGGAUCCUGCUGACAGCCACCGGGCAGGUGCUCAGCUGCUCCUCCCUCCCCGUCUGGUCCUGCUGGGAUCUGCCCCAGUGUGGGCCCCUCACCCCCAUGGGUGAACGUGUGGGUCCCUGGUCCACGGAGAGUGUGGUGCCCCAGCACAGAGCACAGUGAGCAAUGGCAGUGCUGGUAGGAGUGGUGGCCAAUGCAGUGAUGAUAGCCCUGGUGUGGCCCAGGCUGCUGAGCCCUUGGUGGCUCCUAUCAGGCUACCUGGCCCCUGUUCGUGGUGUGAUGAGGGCCCAACAUGAGGGUCAACAGCAUUCUGAAGUGCAGGGUUGUUGAAUAAAUGACCUAGAAUAUGAACAAAAGUUUCAUUUAUUUUUUUCUAAUUUGAAAGCAAGCAACAGAGAGACAGAGAAGCAAAGAGACCUCCCAUCCAGAUUCACUCCCAAACGCUUACAAUAGCUGAGUUGUGGCCAGACUGAUGCCAGGAUCCCAGAGCUCCUAGUCUCCCUGUGUCUAGCUCCUGUGUCUCUGCCACAAACACUUGAUCCCUCAUCUGCUGGUUCCCCGCAAGCAUAUCCAGGAAGCUGGAUUGGAAGCAGAGGGAACUGGAACUCAGGCCCUCAGAUAUGGGAUGUGGCAUCUCAAGCAUUAUGUUAACUGCUGCACCAAAUGCCUUCAUCCAUGUUUUCAAAAUAAACAACAACUACUCCUCAAAUAAGAAGCCUUGAAGCAGAUAUAAUACCUGCUUAUCACACAGAGCUCACCCCCAAAGUACCUAGUAAUUGUAGUGGCCAUCUAUCUUAGUUAAUAGACUUUAUUUGGAGGAAAAACAAACUUUUUAAAAAAUAUUUAUUACUUUUUAUUUGAAAGGCAGAUAUAGAGAGACAGAGAAUGUUGGAGGGGAUGAAGAGGGGGCGAGAAAGAAAGAGAGAGAUAGAAGCAGAGAGAGAGAAAGAUUGUUCUUACAUCUGCUGGUUUACUCCCCAAAUGGCUGCAAUGGGCCUUAGCCUUGCUGAAGCCAGGUUCAGGAGCUUCUUCUGGGUCUCCUACAUGAUUUCAGGGGCUUAAGAAUUUGAGUCAUCUUCAGUUACUUUCCCAGGCACAUCAGCAGGAAGCUAGAUCAGAAGUAGAGCAGCCAGGACUCCGACAGGUGCUCAUAUGAGAUUCUGGGACUGAAGGCAGAGGCUUAACUUUCUAUAUCUCAGGACCAGCCCUAAGUUUCCUAUUUUUAUAAUAGAAGUAAUUUUACCUGCUGAAGUGAGGCUCUGAAGCUUCCACAGAAAUGAGAAAAUGAUGCUGUCUUCUUUGAUGUUUGCAUUUCAAUGCAUUUUCUCCAAGUCCUUGAGGAAGACAUUCCUGGGUCAUUAAGCUGGCCAGAGGCCUAUCUGCUUUUUUAAUGAUAAUAUUUCACAUGAGGAGAAGUAUUCACAGUUCUCAGUGCUCUAAAGUCAAUGCUCUGAGAAAACCAAGGAGAGGGGAAUUUGUCUUAUUUUCAACAGGGAGAAUGAGGUCUUACUUCAAUACUUAAUGUUCUUGUAGUCAGCUGGGGAGGUCACCACGUGGACUGUGCCUGGGUGUGUUCCCAUUCUUGACUGUUGGCUGCCCUAGGACAGCGUCUCCUGGAGAGGCUGGGUGAGCAGCAGUGCCCAGGAGUCUCAUCCUGCAGUGGCUGCCUCAGGCCUGUCCUUCCUAAGGCAAUGGCAGAAGCAAAGCCAGUGACACAAGUGCUUUUCAAACCUCUCCUUAAGUCACAUUGGCUGGUCUCUCAUUGGCCAGCGUGAGUCACAUGACCAAACUCAGAGCCAGAAUGUGAAGGAGAUACAGCAUGGUGGAGGGCCAGCUCCCCUCAAGAAGGAUAAAAUAUAAGGGUAUUUAAUACUCAGUUAUCACACAUAACUCACAGCUGUGAACUCAGUUCUGCAAUUGUGAGUUUUAAUUGUAGGUAAAGGGAGCCAGCACUGUGGAGUAGCAGAUAAAGCCACUGCCUGCAAUGCCAGCAUCCCAUAUGGGCACCAGUUCAUGUCCAGGCUGCUCCAUUUCUGAUCCAGUUCUUGUGGGGAGCAACUGGGAGCAACUCGGACUGGACUAAGUUACUGGAAUUAAGACUUAUUCUAUGCAUCUGCUCUCCCACAAUAUGGCGCUGAGAAGGGAGAAACAGCUUCUACACAGCUGCCUCCAGUUCAACCAAUAAGCAGCAGAACCUGCUCCUGAUUGGAGGAGAGCAGCGUACUCGGCGUGUGGGUAGCAGAGUUGGGAUUGGUGGAAGAGGACUAUAAAGGAGGAGAGAGACAACAUGCACCAGGAACAUCUAAGGGGAACAUCUAUCUGAAGGAACACCUGUGCAGCCCCCGAGAGAGCCGGCCGGCGGUGUGCCGCUCCCCCGCGGAAGUGGGGAAUGUGGCAGGGGGAACCGCCCUUCCACGGAGGUGGAAGGGUCGGUAGCCAACCCGGGAAGAACCAGCAGCAAACCCAGGGAGGGCCAAGCAGACGAAAGAACAGCGCAGGGUCCUGUGUCAUUCCUCCACGAAAACGGGGAGCGACAGUUCUCUGCUAUGUCCUGGGAAAGCAGCUAGGAUGGCCCAAGUCUGUGGGUCCUGCACCUGCAUGGGAGACCCAGAAGAAGCUCCUGGCUCCUGGCUUCAGAUCGAUUCAGCUCUGCCCUUGUAGCCAUCUGGGAGAAAACCAGUGGAUGGAAGACUUCUCUCUCUACCUCUCCCACCAUGUAACUCUAUCUUUCAAAUAAAUAAGUAUAAUCUUUUAAAAAAUUAUAUGUAAGGAAGCCUGCUAGAGGUAACUCAAAGAUGUGCAUGUAAACAAAGGGAGUGGGAAGACAGAGCUGUUGACUGGUGUAGUUUUGGCAAUAAUUUACAAAUAGGGGCAGUGGGAAUCAUAGCAGGUGCCCAGCAGGUGUGAUAGAGACAGAGAUCUUCCAUCUGCUGGUUCACUCUCCAAAUGCUCACAAGAGUACCAGUGACACAAAUGCUUUCCAAGACUCUGAUUAAGUCAGAUUAAGCUCUCUCUCAGUGUCCAAAUUGGGUCACAUGGCCAACCUCAGAGUGCAAAUGUAAGGGAACCCCAGAGAGUAUGGUAGAGGUAUAGCUCUAUACGAAGAUAGGCAAAGUGAAAGGGGCAUUUUAAUAAUCAGUUUAUCACAUACGACUCAACACUGUAUACUAAGUUCUGUAAUUGUGAGUUUCAGUGUCUGUAAGGAAACCUGGAGAGAUAACUCAGGGUGUGGAUAUGAGGGCAGGAGUGGGGACAGGGUUGUUGACUGGUACAGUAUUGGAAGUGAUUUACAGAGAGAGGCAGUGGGAAUCAUAGCAGGUGCCCCAGGAGUGAGUGGUGUGAGAUUAGAGGUUCCGGAUGGAGUCCUAGGGUCAAGUUCCUGCUCCUGGUUUCUCUGGGCCUCAGUCUUCCCAUCUGCACAGUUGAGGACAAAGCCCCCUACUCUGUGCCCCACAUAGUACCCAGGGCUCUUUCCCUUCCUUCAGGCCAUGCCCUCCCAUGGAAUCUCCAGAAUGUGACACAGUGACUCCCCUGUAGCUGUGCCACACCCACACCCUGCUGAGGCCCUGGGCCAAGUGGUCCCCAAAGUCUCCACAGCUCCCCUCUUGCAGGCCUGGGCUCUGUCCCUCAAGUGCACAUUGAAGGGCUGGAGCAGGACGGGGUCCGUGUGGUGUGCAAGGCCUCAGGCUGGUUCCCGAAGCCCCAGGUGCAGUGGACAGACGUCAAGGGGAAGAAGUUCCUGGAGUUCUCUGAGGCCCAUGCCCAGGACGCAGCAGGGCUGUUCAGUGUGGAGGCGGCUCUGGUGGUGAGAGACAGCUCUGCAGGGAGUGUGAGCUGCUCUGUCCUCAAUCCCAUCCUGGGCCAGGAGAAGGCGAUGGCCGUGUCCAUCCCAGAGCCCUUCUUCCCGCAGGCCUCUCCCUGGAAGGCAGCUUUUGCUGGGAGCCUGACGGUGCUGGGGCUCCUGCUCUUUGGGGCUGGCUGCUUCACCAGGAGAGAGCACUCUGCAAAGCUGCAGGAGAGGCAGAAAGAGCAGAAGCUGCGCCGGGAUAAGGAGGAGGACCAGCGGGCAAAGGAGGAGACACUGAAGGCCAGAGACGAGCUCCAAGCAGAACUUGGUAGGAGGAAGACAGCUUACUUGGUUGCCUGGAGGAAGGCGCAGCUGUAUGCUGACUGGCGGAAGGAACGGUUCCAGGCCUGGCCUGUCACUCUGGAUCCAGUGUCCGCCCAUAGUCGUCUUGCCCUCUCUCCUGACAAGAUGAGUGUGACCUGCAAGGACACCACUGAGAAGGACUUUCUCUGCUCUGUGUGGGGCCUUGAGGGUAUCACGUCAGGAAGAUGUUACUGGGAGGUGGAGAUCAGGAGUGGAGUGUACAACUGGUGGUCUCUGGGGGUCUGUAGGGAGAAUAUGACAAGGACAGACAGGUAUCUAGAGUCCCCAGAUAUGGGGUUCUGGGUUGUGAAGAGGAUUAACAAUAAGUAUUGUGCUAGGACCAAGUCUCUGCAGGCUCUAUCCCUCAGACAGGAACCCCGCAGGGUGGGGAUUUUCCUGGACUACAGUGAGGGGGACGUCUCCUUCUACAACAUGACUGAUGGCUCCCAUAUUUUCUCCUUCCCCCCAACUUCUUUCUCUGGAACCCUCCUUCCAUACUUCUCACUCGAUGGAGACGUGACCCUGAGCAUCUGCCCCACAGAGGGGGGGUCUGAGGGGCUCCCUGUGCCCCUUAGCAAGUCUCCUUCUUUGGAGGAGGCUGGGAGGCCCCCAGGGGAGGGGCUCAGCUCAGGCUCUGGAGUGGAUGGAGCUCCCCCAGGGCCUGAGUCUCCAUUGCUGCCCUGAGCCCCACAGGGGCCCUCACUGCCCCCGACUCCUCAGUGAGACUCUUGCUGGGGCUGCAGGCUCCUGGGACAGAGCCUCUGGGGCAAGUCCUGGAUGGCCAGAAAUGUCUCCCCCUGUGGUUAUCAGAAUUGUUCAUUCAUGCACCGUGAUCAAAGACAGAAGAUGAAAGUUGAUGUUGUUUGAACUGGUUUAGGAUAAACUGAAAAUUACUAUGAAAUUAUUGUUAUUGGUAUUAAAAGUCUUUCCUGGGUUUCAAAUUCUUUUUUUUAAACCUUUAUUUAAUAAAUAUAAAUUUCCAAAGUA